AUGUUGUCUGUCAGCCGUGCCCCAACAGCCACCACAUCCCCCAUCUCACCAUCCUCUCCCUCGCGCUCCCUUCCCUCACAGCAACCCUCUCAUGUCGUCGUCGCAAACCGCUCUCAACCUCGCUAUAUCGCAACCAGAAGCCUUCUAGUUCCCCACGCGCACCUGCAGCAGCAUCAGUCUCCGCCAGUCGCGCCUUUCCUCGACCGCUCGCUACUGUUGCCGCUCCGCGCUCGCCGCCUUCCGCAUUCCCCCUCCAGUGCGCAUGGCGCGGAGCGGCAGCGGCGAGCGGUGUCGUGCCGUGCCAGCGGGUCGAACGGCGACGGCAAGGAGGAGCGCAAAGAGUACAGCCAGGAGGCGCGCAUGCGGCAGGAGGUGUUGAACCCGUUCCGCACGGUGCGCAUGUUCCUGUACGGCGCGUUCAUCGCGUCCGCGUCCAUCGGCGCGCUCAUCACCGCCACGUCGCUGCUCGCCAUCGCGACGGGCGCGCGCGACGCGGACGCGCUGCAGAUCCAGGACUCGCUCAAGGACCUCGGGAUUGACGUGGCGGCUGUCGCUAUAUUCGCGUUCCUGUACCGGUCGGACGCACGGGGUAAGGACGCAUCACUGAACCGGCUCACUCGAGAGGAGUCCCUGGCAAAGCUGCGUCUAGAGCUGCCCACAGGGCGCAUUGUCAGCCUCGCCCAGCUGCAGGGCUCCUGCCGCCUCAUCAUCGUCGCCGGCCCCCUCUCCCACGUGCAAACCGCCCUUGCUGCUGCCGAGCCGUACCGUGCUGCACUCCUGGAACGAGCAGUGGUGGUCGCUCCGCUUGUGACUGUGGGUGCUGAAGCAGGGGCAGCGGCUUCUGAGAAUGUUGUGCUUCCUGGGGAUUUUAAGGGGUUUGCGGAGGUGGUGGAUGCAGCUUGGGGAGGUGAAGUGGCUGGGGAUGGUAGUGGUGCGGGGAAGGUGGGAGAGUAUCCUCUUGCCACCAUGGAAGCCGCUCACGCCGUCGACGCGCACCUUAUGAAGGAUCAGCGACCUGACGUGGAGGCGGGCCCGUCGUCUGAUUUGCUGUACCCAGGAAUCACGCUGUCCGAGAAUGAGAUGCGAUGGGGGUUCAUUCGGAAGGUCUACGGCAUCAUUGGAGCACAACUCCUGCUCACCGCCGCCGUCGGAUCGUGCUUCGCUCUCAUUCCAACCGUCCGCGACUUCGGCCUGACCAAUGGAUACUUCAUGUUCUUCGCCACCAUCCUACCCUUCGCCACGCUCAUUCCUCUCGUCAUUUACCGGUCUCGCCAUCCUCUCAACCUGGCCUUGCUCGCCAUCUGGACGGCGUCUAUGAGCAUGACUGUGGGUCUCAUCUGCAGCAUGUACAGCGGCCCCAUAGUGGCCGAGGCUCUCGGCCUUACGGCUUCAGUGGUGCUGGGGCUCACAGCGUACACCUACUAUGCUGUCAAGAAGGGGCAGGAGUUCAGCUACCUGGGUCCCAUGCUCUACGUCAGCCUCUGGCUGCUUCUUGGCUGGUCCUUCAUUCAAAUCUUCUGGGGCCUCGGCAGCGAGUUUGCUCUGGCUCUGGUGGGUGCUCUCAUCUUCGCCCUCUUCAUUGUGUACGACACCGACCUCAUCAUCAGGCGGUACUCAUACGACGAGUAUGUGAUGGCAAGCCUCAACAUUUAUCUUGACAUCAUCAACCUCUUCAUUCGCAUGCUUGAGAUACUACAGUAUCUGCAGGGCAACAACUGA